AUGUUGGACGCUGUUCGCAAACAUCGCGCCGCGCUGGCCUGCGCAAGCAAGCAGCAAGAAGCCAUACUCGACAUGCCUCUCCGCGACACCCACCAAGAUGAAGUGAUUGUCCAUCAUCGCGUCUUCUUUCCCCAAAGCGCCGAUGAAACCAACGAGCCCCUCCUCGAACGUAGCGAUAUCGAGUUUUCAGGCGCCUCGAACAACUUCAAGCCCCAGACAAUGCCCAACAAGGAGGAGACCGCACACCACAAAGUCCUUGUCCGCAACCUCGACAACCAUGCCUUGGUUUCAGGUCGCAGAGAUUAUGCUCCCAUUGUCAACACCUCGACUGCCGGACAGAACGAGGUCGUCGCCGUCGCAACAAUGACCCAGGCCUUUUCAAGUCUGAACCUUACGCCGAACAUCGAGCAGCCCUACACCGGCUCCGGCUAUUCCCAUGCCAGAAACGAGACCAUCACCACCGCCAUGCCGAAGCAGCUCUGGUCUACCACCCACCCACCGGCCUUGGCCAAACCCGCCGCACCCACUGCACAGUCGCUUUACGCCGAAUUCCGAGCCGCCGAGUUGGAGCGCCGCAAGAAGCAACUCUACAACCAGAAAGUUGCCCUGCCCUGCCCCAAGGCACCUGUCCGCGCUUCGGCAACUACGGCUAGCACCAGCACCAGCAACAAGAAGGAGAAGUCGCCCAAGGACGUCGCAGCCAAGAAAGCAGCAGCAUACGAGGAACUGAUGCGCAAGUCGCGGGCUAAACGCAGCGCCAAGGCGCAGAAGGAGAGAGAGACGUGGACCAGCCACAGCUUGGUGGACAACAAAAGCCGCAUCGACACGAAGAUGAACAGGCUCGGAAAGAUGGGCCAUAGGGCUCGUCAUCGGUGCACCUGGGAGCUGAAGCCUUUCUCUCUGGCCAAGUUUGUACUCGAGAUUGACGAGCCGAUCCCUUUGGUGAUUUUGACGGAUCCGGAGGGGCGCCGCCACUUUUUGGAGGACCCUGCGAACUAUAAGGACCGAGUGACACUGGAGAAGGGAGGAAGAAAAGGAAGCUAG